GACUCUCUGCAUAGCAAACUGGUUACUCACAGCUACAGCGUGGUACAUACGACUUCUACACAGCAAAUGAGUUCUAAAAUGGCAUCAUAAACCAAAAGCUGUGUAUGUGCUGAUUUCUUUUUAAACAGAUCAAUAUUGUGAAGUCACUAUACUUAGCCAAGAUGAACUCUAAAUAUAGAUUGAUAAGGACAGUCUGUUUCAUAGCUGCCUUCAUGGGCCAUGCAGGAGCUGGCGGGUUCCUAUGGGUCUAACAGUGGAGAGAGGAACAGCAGAAGACAUUUUCUUUGAGUGAUUUUCAUCACUGGAUGAUUUCUUCCACACUGUCACAUUACCUGAACAUAGUUAUGUUAUACAAUGGAGAGGCCUUCACUGGAAAUUAACCUGCCCGAUACCCACGAAGAAGGAAAACUUUAUGUAGUUGAUUCCUUAAACAACCUAAACAAACUAAAUGUUUGUCCAGAUGGAUCCCAACAUACCCUAGGAGAGGAUGAGGAAGAGGACCCUCGUGGUACUGGAGCAAACACAACAGGGAGCAACAUAAGAAGCCAGUGUUUGUUCUUCAUCACCUUUAUUCUUACUUUGAUCGUCAGUUUGGCACUUGUUUCGUUUGUAAUAUUCUUAAUAAUUCAAACUAGAAACGAGAUGGACCAAAUAUCAAGCAGACUCGUAUCUGAAAAGAAGAACAUAGAAGAGCUUAAGAAAAUGAACAAUCUGAUAUUAAAGCAUCUAAAUCAAUCAGGAAUUAAGGGAAAGGGGAGAUAACCCUUCACACAGUCUCCUGAUCUUCAUCAUUACCUCUUUACCCAUGCUGACCUGAAAGUCCUUGGAGAAUAGAGCUUCUUAGGAAUGAAGUUCAGCGUAUUCAGAUAUUUUUGCUUGCAGCACACGGGCUACUUAAACAUUCUGAUGUGGUCACAGGAGCACUGAAAAAGCCAGCUGAGUGAAAAAACACUAGAAAAUAAUAUUUUAUCCUGUUUUAUGUGAAUAUAAAUUUUGAAAAAUAAGCCUGUGUGAUUUACAGUAAACAACGGAUUGUUGACAAUUUUGGGCAAGAGUUCCAGAUUCCCUGUAUAUUGUAAAUGACGGGGCUAAGGGCUUAGUUUUACUUUCAAUGUAAGUGAAUGAUCACAGAAAUCUAUCUAUUACAUGAUUCCAGCAUGACCUUGUUCACUUAGACAUUCUCCUGUUUCUUUGGAAUAAAUUUUGUGUUUGCUUCCAUAUU